CAUGUAUAUCUGUAUCUAAAUAUAUAUGUGCAGGCGGAUUAAAUGUGAGAGACCCAAAAGCGCGAAAACAGCAGCGAUUGCGGUAACGCCAAUUGUGGCAAAUUAGAAGCGCUGAGGACUGGGCAAACAAUUGUUGUGUUGCCUGCCUCAGCCUCAGUUGCCACACAGACGAGAAACGCACAGCAACGUACCAUAUAUAUAUAUAUAUAUAUAGAUAUAGAUUUGGGAUGCAAACAAAGUGCCUGUGGAUAUGUUUGGGUUUGGGCCUGGCUCUGCUAAUGCUAAGCGCGCCCAUUUGCGAAGCAAGGCGUGGUCGCGGUCGUGGACGCACAAAGUCACGCGUGCAGAUCGGCUUGCCCAUAACGGGCAAGUAUCGUGAUCCGGAAUCGGAUCAAUACUACAAUAACAACAAUGGCGCUAAAAUACUGCAGGCCUCGCACUUUGAUCUCGAGUACGUGCUGGGCCAUAAGAUUGCCUUUCUGUGCGUGGCCAAGGGCAAUCCACGGCCGCACAUCACCUGGUACAAGGACGGUGCUGAGAUCUAUCAGCAUCUGUAUAUGCAUGUGCAUGAAUGGUAUAUUGGCGAUGAUCGCGUCAAGUCCAAAAUUGAAAUCGAUCCAGCUACACAAAUGGACGCUGGACUCUAUGAGUGCACGGCGGAUAAUAUGUACUCAAUAGACAGGCGCAGUUUCAAGACCGAUUUCUCCAUUGCCUUCGAUUAGUUCUAAGCUUGUAUGCGCAUCAAUUUUUAAAUAAACUAACGUCAGUUGUUGACUUA